GAUGGUUUUUGAGAACCGAUUUCUAAUGUUCAUGCGAAUGACAGUUGCGUUCCGUAAAACCGUCAGAGUUUCGCCCCUAUAGGAGUCCUAUAUUUCUAGUGACACGAUACAAGUUUUGUCUACGUGAUACCGAUUUCUGUCCACGGUAGAAAAAGCGACAGCGAUUAAGUAGUUUUUCUGUCAAAAUGUCCGUUAGCAGUGGAGUAUCGUUCGCUCUGUCGUCGAUCCUGACGGUCCUUGUAUUCUCCGGAAUGCAAAUUUACAAAUCUUUGCUAGCAUCAUCGCAAAUGUAUACCAUAUUAGGAGGAUACAUUGGAUCAUUACUGUUCAUAUGUGUAUUAACUGCUAUAGGGAACUUAGAGACUACAAUAUUUGGAAAAUCUUUCCAACAGAAAUUAUUCCCAGAAGUUAUGUUUGCACUAAUUGUUAGUUUAAUCGCAUCAGGACUGGUGCAUCGUGUUGCAAUUACAACCUGUUUCUUAUUUUCCAUGGUUGCUCUUUAUUACAUAAACCGAAUCUCCCAAGAGACAUAUUCCGUGCCAGUACCUGUACCGGUAGCAGUGCACACAAAGAAAAGAAAAUAGGGAAAAUUAUUAACUUAAUGCAACUUUUCUACCAUACCAUCACGCUCAAAUAAGUCGGAAGAAAUGAGUUUUGAUACUGUCUCAAAUUAUCAACUAUUACAUGUAGUUCAAUUACUUCGUUAAUAAAGAUUUUUGAUCAUU